GGUUGACAAGGCGAGGUGACGCGAGCGGCGCGACGAAGGGGCGGGCUCUGAAAGCCAGAACCUGACUGAACGCAUCGCCCCUUCACGCUGUGGUGGUCGUUUGGCUCUGGACGGUGCUCUCUGUGUAGUCCUGCACUGCUGUAGCCGCCGCGGCACCAUGGCUGUGUUUGCCGUGCUGCUGUCCUUUUUGGUGGCGGGUGUUUUGGGGAAUGAGUUUAGUAUAUUAAAAUCACCAGGGUCUGUUGUCUUCCGAAAUGGAAAUUGGCCUAUACCAGGAGAGCGAAUCCCAGAUGUAGCUGCAUUGUCCAUGGGCUUCUCUGUUAAAGAAGACCUUUCUUGGCCAGGACUUGCAGUGGGUAAUCUAUUCCAUCGUCCCAGGGCUACCAUUAUGGUGUUGGUAAAGGGAGUUGACAAACUGGCUCUACCUCCCAGCCAUGUCAUCUCAUAUCCUUUGGAGAAUGCAGUUCCUUUUAGUCUGGACAGCGUUGCAAAUUCCAUUCACUCCUUAUUUUCUGAAGAAACUCCUGUGGUUUUGCAGUUGGCUCCCAGUGAGGAAAGAGUGUAUAUGGUGGGGAAGGCAAAUUCAGUUUUUGAAGACCUUUCAGUCACAUUACGGCAGCUGCGUAAUCGCCUGUUUCAAGAAAACUCUGUUCUCAAUUCACUUCCCCUCAACUCUCUGAGUAGGAACAAUGAAGUUGACUUGCUCUUCCUUUCUGAACUGCAAGUGCUCCAUGACAUUUCGAGUUUGUUGUCUCGUCACAAGCAUCUAGCCAAAGAUCAUUCUCCUGAUUUGUAUUCACUGGAGCUGGCAGGGUUAGAUGAAAUUGGAAAACAUUAUGGGGAAGACUCUGAACAGUUCAGAGAUGCUUCUAUGAUCCUUGUGGAUGCUCUGCAAAAGUUUGCAGAUGACAUGUACAAUCUCUAUGGUGGAAAUGCAGUGGUAGAAUUAGUGACUGUCAAAUCUUUUGACACAUCUCUUGUGAGGAAGACAAGGACUAUCCUUGAGACAGAGCCAGAGAACACUGAAAGCCCCUAUAACCUUGCAUACAAGUAUACUUUUGAUUACUCAGUGAUUUUCAACAUGGUAUUUUGGAUAUUGAUCGCGUUGACCUUGGCCGUGAUCAUCACCUCUUACAACAUUUGGAAUAUGGAUCCUGGCUAUGACAGCAUCAUUUACAGGAUGACAAACCAGAAGAUUCGAAUGGACUGAACUCUCCUCAUGCCAGAUUUAAACAAGGAGUUUGAACAUGAGCUGUUUUAUUAAAAUAUAUCUUUUAGUGUGGUUUAAAAUAGAUAGUACACUUUAAAUUUAUAUAAAAAAACAGCAAAUUCUGUUCUCUAUUUUGUGUGUGCCUGUGAUUAUUUUUAGAGUAUAGUAUUGAUGUGAAUCAAAAUAUGUGACAUAGACGCCAUAACAUGCUUGAGUAUUAUGAUAUAGCCAUUUAAUAACACAAUUUCAUUCCAUUUAGUAAAUUUGGAAACAUGCACUGAAAGAAAUGUAAACACUUAGAAUAGCUUAUGUUAUUUAUGUUGGGAAAAUGCACUGAAUUUAUUAGAGAAACUAAGGAAUGCUUCACUUGCCUGUACAGGACAGACGAAAAUCCUCUUGGCGCUGUUACACACUAUGAAGCGUAUGUAAGUGUAUUUGCUGUAAAUACCUCUGACUGAGAGACACUGUCUUAGGGCAGCCCUAAGACACUGAAUGGUUGGCUAGUCACUGGGUUUGAGCUGUACCUGAUCGAAAGUGUGGCUGUUCUAACUUCUGCUGCAAGUUCGGUGACCCACGUGUCUCGUAGGGAUGCUACAGUGACUUAAGAAGAGACUGGCUACGUGGCAUGUAGAUGCUUGUAAUUAGGCCAAACAAAUCUUUGGGGACAUCCAAAGGCAUGAAUCUGAAAUAUUGUUAUUUCAGUAACUUCCCAAAACCCUGGGAAGUUACUGUGGUCUGUGGUGCAACUUUAUUCUGUAGAAGAUUAGGUGAAAAUAAAUGGUUUGUUCUUUUCAUGUGGAAGUGGACCAAUGUCUAUAAAGAGUGACAAAUAAAGUUAAUGAUUACAAAUUCA